AGCCACUAUAAUAAUCGGUAUAUCUCGUGUGAUGUCCAGUGGGCCCGCGAAAUGACAUUUCGAAAAUUAUAUAUUACCUACUUAAAUACUUAUAAAUAACCUUAGAUAGGUACGGUUUCUAAAAAGUCGAAAUAAAAUUUAUAAACUCGUGAAUACAACUCUCGGGUCCGACCUAUGCUACAUUCACUAAAGUCAUUUUAGCCACGCAUCAAAGCUAUAUAAUAAUAUUGUGGUUAAGAGGUUUUCAAUAAUGUAUUGAAUUCAAUAUUAUAAUUACACGAAUUACUGGGAUUUCCAAUCAACGUCAUACGUCUGUACAUACGAUACGCAUUAGGCCUACCAUAGUAAAUACUAAAUUGUCUAUGGGCCUACCUGAAGUUGUUUAAACCAAGAAGUAUUGUUCAUUUAUAUAGCUGUCACUCACUACCGACCUGUUGUAGAGUGUAGUCUACAGUAUAUCGUGCAAACUGCAAAAUGACAAAUUAUAGUAUAAGAAAUCGUGCGCAUGUCGUAAAUAAUAAAAUUAGUCGAUGGCCCCAAGACGAAAUUGAUAUACUGGAUGGAAAUUGUUCUUUUAAUAUUAAAUAUUUGGGAUACGUUGAAGUAUCAGAACCUACAAAUUCAAAAGUAUGUUGUGAAUCAAUUGCUAAACUGUAUCAAGAAUACAAAACUGGAAUUUGUCACCAAAGUCCUGCUAUUUUAUGGAUCACAGGAUAUGAAUUAAGAAUUGUUGACAAAACGUCAAAGAAUUUAAUUCUGGCUCAAACUAUUGAAAAUGUAUUAUUUUGUUCGUCGGCUACAGACUAUUCAGACCAGUUAUUUUAUACUAGCAGAGACUCUUACAAUAAUCGAUGGCUGUGUCACAUGAUUAUUGUUACAGAAUUUUCAAGUGACCGACUGUGCAAGGCAGUGGGAUUUGCAUUUCGAGUAUGUCUGAGGCGGAAAACCAUACGAGAAGGACCUACAACCAAUGCAACAAUAAGUACCAGAUCUAUUGGUUGAAUAAACUAAAGUAUAUGCAUGUACACAAUAUUUAAAUGUGUUGUAAAAAGUAUUCAUAUACAUACAUUGUUAGAAAUGUAUUAUUAAGAUUGCAGUAAUGCACAAUUGUUUUGUACAAAAUAUAUUUGUACCUGUAUUUUAAUCAUUUAACAAUUUUAUGAAAUAAAUAAUAAUUAAAAUUAC